AUGGAGAAGGAAGGUGUAGAAGAAAUCUUUGAAAUCGAUGACUUCACUGUCAUUACGGAAUUUGAACGUUUCGUAGUUGCUGUUGAGGCUCUGGUUCAAGAAUGGGGACUCAUUGGUGAACGGCAACAUGGUAGAUAUCCUAAGGGGAUCCUGAGGACGUGCUCAUGGAAAACGAAGUCAUCUAUGGUAAACUUUGGUGAUUUCAACAAGUUGAAGGUUACCUACUACCAUCCGGAUUUGCCGCUUGAAAUGAUCGAGGAGUUAUCAAAUCCUGAACGGGUUCCAUAUUUGCCAUCAUCGGGUGUGGAUAUGUCAACUUCAGAAACGGAUUUCGUCUAUCACAGCAAUAUAACGACGAUGGGUUCGCAUUUGCGAAAGGGGCAGAUACGGCAUAUGCACCUUACUGGUUUGCUGGAUAUUUUCAAGGAACAUAUCAAAUGUCCAAUCUCACUAUUUGACGCUGACGACAUUCGCAUAUCGAUUCAAUUCGAUUAUAAUGUGACGGUAACACUGAUCUUGCAUCGCUUACCUUAUGCAUUGCAUUGCUUCCGAUUCACACCGUUUAGUUCCCGUCGCAAGAUGCAAAAGAUGUGGAUGAGUUGAGUCUUUGGGAAUUUGACGGAUGGUGGUAUUCAGAAUAUUCGUUUCGCUGGUGCUUCUAAUUUCUCUAUAACUAACCCCGGCGGUCUAUCGCUCGAUGAAAUGGUAUUACCAAUUCCGAAGGUACCCAUUUCCGGAGAAGAUGUUGACAUACAGAGGGUCAACACUGAAGUUGAUGACUGGAAGGAUUUCUGUGAAAAUACUGUGUUACGGCAAAACAAAUGGACACCUCCAGAUUCCCUGACUUGCCGUUUUGCUAAUGCUUUUGCAAAUGCUUCGUUAGACUUCGUCUUUGGAACACGCGCCUUUGCACAAACUGCCAUGUGCCUUGUUAAUGUAAAGUCUUGUGUUUUAAAUGAGUUCUUCGAUGCCCAAUCUGGUCAUUCCGAUGACGAUUCCUCGGCGAAUGUAAGCUUAGAUGAGGAUGCAACGUUGAAAUCCACAAUGGACAGUUCUAAAAUUGCGAAACUUCCACCGGAUCGUAGUCCUAUGACAGAGGACAUGGUUGAAGAAUUCUCGCGUUAUCUGUCAUCGUUAGAUGAUGGUGAAUCCAGAGUUCAAGCCCAGUUGGAUGUUUUAUCCAGUGAUAUGCAAGCGUUCAAGGCUGCUAAUCCAAAAUGUUGCAUUGAGGAUUUCAUUAGAUGGCACUCUCCUAAAGAUUGGGACGAAGAAAAAGAAUGCCUUUCGGAAAGGAUGCAACUUCAGGACAACGCAUGGGUCAAAUGCUGGAAUGAGGCAAUGCCUAUACCUGUUGUAAAUCAAACCCGCUUAUUCAAUGAAUCCAAGGUGGCCGAGGAGAUUUUAUCAAUGCUGGAAAACGCAAAUGUGCAACAAAUGGUGGAACUCCUGCUGCCGGUGCUUUUCACGUCUGCGGUUUUACAAGUGAUUCACAAAGGAAAGUCUAUUUCUAAUCUGCUCGAUAAAGAUCUUCUGGUACAUUCAGUAUGCCGCGCUAACAAAAGUGGACUACGCGAUGAUUAUAUGGAAGCAUUGAAACACUUAAAAGCAGCGGAGAUUCUCUUUUCCCGAUACUCAAGCCUUUGGAACAAGUUGCGAACUUAUAAGAGCGAUGAUGCUGUCGCCGAGCAACCUACAGAGUCUGAUCUCUUGGAGUUUAUUACAUUACUUAUUGAAGACGCUACUUCAAAAAGAGAAACUGUCGAUCGAAACGUAAUUUCUCGAGGGGUUCCUAUAUUUGGUGCUUCUACUAGUCCCCUUGGCAACGCAGUUCGGACCAUGCUGGAAAGAUACAGUAUACCUGGAGGACUUCUACCUCCUCCGUAUAGGAAGCAGUACAUAAUGAGAUGGAGUGUGCCAAGGCCGUCUGCGAAUAGUCGAGAACUACCUCAGCGGUUAUUCGCAUCAAUUGAGCAGGACGAAUUCCGACUCUGUGGUUCUUUUUUGGAGGACACUGUUUACACAUAA